AUGAAAGAUUUUACUAAAUUCGUACUUUGUGCUUUGAGCGGAACAAUUUUUGGUCUUCUAUAUAAAUUUAAUAGAGAAAAAAUUAACAAAAAUUAAAUUGAAUUAGACAUUCUUAAAAAUUAGAAGAGUGUUAACGUGUCGCAAUUGAAGGAUUCAUUUUCCAUAACAGAUGAUAAUCAAUUAAGUUUGUUUGUCGAAGGAUAGGUAGGAUAAAAUCAAGAAUUAUUAAAAAGUACAAAUAGCAAACAUGUUGGUGUCUUAAUUAAGAAAUCAAAAUAUGAGAUAGAAACUAUAGAAAAUAAUGGUACGAGUGCACAAUAAAGAAGAUUAGUUAGCGCAACAAUAGAUAGUGCAUCUUCAUUUAUUUUAUAAUCAUAACAAAACUCAAAAGAGAAUUUACUUAUCAAAAACUUUUAAGAGACAAUUAUUUUACCAAAAGUCUUAAAACAUCAAAAAACUGAUCAAUUCUUAAUCCCUCCUGAAGUCAGAACAAAUAUGAGAGAGCCUAAAACAAAAAGCAGAAUUUAAGGAGGGAAAAAUUAAAAAGUUUAUAACAACUAUUUCAAAAAUUGGAGAACUUUCAUGUGUGUUUAUGGAAAUGUUAUUUUUGAUAGAACUUACAAUACUUUUAGAAUAACAGCACCUAAAUUUUUUGCCAUCAGCAAAGAAUAAAUUAUUGGAUAUUUUGAAGCCGACUAAAAUACAUUGAAAUUCUUACAGAUUUUAAUGGCCAUUGGAGGAAUAACUUUUUCUAUCUUUGCUUUAAAAUAUUUAUAUAAGACUUUGUUUACUAAUGAAAAAAAAUAGAAAUUUGAGGUCUAAAUAAAAACAAUAGAAUGAUAAUUCAUCUAUCAUUGUACAAUUAUUAUAGAUUAUUAAAAUUAUUAAA